CAAUUUGAACUUGAGCCGCCUCUGUUGCCGUCGCCGUCGCAGUUCGCAUCGGUGUCGUCAACUCGUAAGCCUCACCAGUCGCGCCAAGAACGCCUCUCAAUUCAUUGUUAUGAUAAUCCCCAUGCCAAUUAAACACCGCUUGUUAGUCAUAAAGCGAAAAUAUAUACUACAUACAUGCACUGGGAAGCUGUAAAUUUUUUAAUUUUAAAUCAAUAUUAACUUUACACUACGCUCUUUCGGUCAUCAAAAUUUGCACAACGAAAUUUAGUAACACUCGCAACUCUUUCGCAAGCGCGGCCGCUACUCUGACAUUUCUACGCUUGAACGGGGCGUGAACGCCAACAAACAUUAAAGCUAAAGUAAUCAGUCUUGUGACCGGGAAAAUAUACAAAAUGUCCCCCCUGCUCAUUUUCAUCAUGUGCGCCACAUUGCCAUUAACUUGGGCAUUCUCUACACAGUAUUAUGGCAACACCAAACACGCCGCGCUGCCAAACCACUGUUACCACGAGGAAUUGAAACUAGCGGUGCCGGUCAAUGACACCCUGUAUCCCACAGAUAUAGAAUUUCAAUGCAUAACGGCAUCUUGCCGCCAUGAUUAUGUGCUGGUGAUAAAGCACUGUGACCGUUAUCUGCUACGACAUGGCUGCAUUGAGCAGCCACCCGAUUAUAGUCGGCCUUAUCCCGGUUGCUGCACCCAAAUUAAAUGUGCCGAUUAAAACAUUUUAACUUCGUAUGUAUUUGUAAGGAGUACCUAUUAAUUUAAAAUUAUGAAUAUGGCAAAUAAACAAAUCUUAAUCGAAAAAAAGCGUGUCACUGACGUAAGAAAAAAUACCCGAGCACUUUUUUGAUGAUAAUCAGAAAGUACAUAGAAGUAAUAAAAUCACUUAUAGCUUAGCUUGAGCAUCCAAAACAUUUGUGUUUGUGUUAAAAAAAUACUCACCCCCUCUCACCCUGCCAUCUUACGUAGAUCCGAACCGGUUCGGCGUCGUUGUGCAAUCCGCUGCGUAAUUCAAAAUCGUACAGAACCGUGCUGAUAGUUGUACUGUUUG